UGGAGCGGCGGUAAUCAUCAGCAGGGAGAGAGGUUGACACGCACACAACAACACAUCCCCAAUACACCCCGAACUCGUCCCUGCCUGGCCCUGAGUGACAUUGUUGUGCACCUUCUGUACCAUGUGGGCCAUCUUCUCCCGGGACGCCAGCAGUAGCUUCCCCUACGAGCUUGGGGAAGCGGCGGGGCAAGAGGACAGCAGGAGUGUAUGGAGGCUGCAUAAGGGCAAGAAAAAGCAAAAUGGUGAGGAGGUGAGCAUCUUUGUGUGUGGCGGCAAGGACUUCAAUCCCGGGCACAUCGAGGCAGCCAAGGCAGCGGUGAAGAGGCUCAAGACGCUGCGUCACCCUUGCAUCCUCACCUACCUGGACAGCCUGGAGAGUGACAAACAGGUCCAGCUGGUGACAGAGCCUGUCAGCCCCCUGCUCACCUGGCUCACAGAGGACACACUUAGCCCUGCCCAGCGCACCUCUGCCAUCUCCUGGGGGCUCCUGCAAGUCACGAAAGCGCUGAGCUUCCUAAACAACGAAGGCAGCCUCACCCACCACAAUGUGUGUGCCAGCAGCAUCUUUGUCACAGCGGGAGGGGAGUGGAAGCUGGGCGGGGUGGAGUACUGCAGCAGCUCAGACCAGUACACCUUCCCCACCAAGCUGCUCCCUCAGCUGGACGUGUAUAACCCCCCAGAGCGCUUUGAUCCCAGCAAGCAGCGCACCACCACCAAAUGGGCAGCAGACAUGUGGGGACUUGGGUGUCUAGUGUGGGAGACCUUUAAUGGCACCCUGAAUCAGUCCAUCAACCUCAAGAACACUUCAAAGAUCCCCAAAUCCCUGGUUCCGACGUACACCCGGCUGGUGGGUGCGUCCCCUACCUCACGCCCCAACCCCCGAGAGGUGGUGUCAACCCUCAGCCAGCCUGGCCAAUUCUUCCACAAUGAUCUGGUGGAGACGCUCACCUUCCUGGACGAGAUACAGAUCAAGGACAACAAUGAGAGGCACAAGUUCUUCUCGCAGCUGGCAGGGCGGCUGGACAGCAUUCCACAGUGCAUGGCGGUGAACAAGGUGCUGCCAGCACUGCUGGCAGCUCAUGAGUUCUCCAAUGCUGGCUCGGCAGUGCUGGCCCCACUCUUCAAGAUUGGCCAGCUGCUGGGGGAAACAGAGUACCAGCAGCAGAUCCUUCCCUGUGUGGUUCGGCUCUUCUCCUCCAGCGACAGAGCCACACGCCUUCGUCUCCUCCAGCAGGCGAGCGACUUGGCCACACACAUCGACCCUGCCACCCUCAACACCCAGGUCUUCCCCCACCUCGCCUCGGGCUUCCUCGACACCAACCCCACCAUCAGGGAGAACACUGUCAAGUCCAUCCGGUUCUUUGGACCAAAGCUCAACUAUCAGAACUUGAAUGUAGAGGUACUGAAGCACUUCGCCCGGCUGCAGGCCAAGGAUGAGCAGGGUGGCAUCCGCACCAACACCACCGUCUGCUUGGGUAAGAUAGCUAGCAACCUCCACCCAGAUGUGCGGCAGAAGUGUCUUGUCUCGGCCUUCCUCCGGGCCACACGCGAUCCCUUUCCCCCAGCAAGGACCGCCGGUGUGUUGGCCCUGGCUGCCACACAACAGUUCUACAAUCUCCAGGAUGUGGCCAACAAGAUCCUGCCAAGCCUGUGCAUGCUGACCCUGGACCCAGACAAGAGUGUGAGGGACGCAGUGUUCAAGGUGCUCAAGGGCUUUCUCAGCAAGGUGGAGAAGGUGUCAGAGGACCCGUCACUAAAGGAGGAGAUGGAGGCUGAGGUGCGGCAGGCCAGCUCCAACAACCAGCCAUCUUCCUGGGCCGGCUGGGCAGUGGGCGCCAUCACUUCUAAGUUCUACAAGGGUGGCCCCACCUCCAUCACGCCAGCCACAACUCCCACGUCCACGGCACCUACCAAACAGCCUCUAGCCUCCCAAACCUCAGUAUCAAGCAGUAGCACUCCGUCCACACAGAACUCCAGCAUGGCACCCACGCCAGAUCUGACCAGGCGAGGUGUGGCUGAGGAGGAGGAGGAAGAGGAGGAGGAAGACAACUGGGACACUAAUGAAUGGGGGUCCCUGGAGGAGUGUGAGGAAACACCAAACCCAGGAGGAACAGCCAGCGAAGGGGGCGGGGGCUGGGAGGAUGCAGAGGACUGGAGUGGCCUUGGUCUGGGGAGUGCACUGAGUACCAACCAGCACCAGGCAGCAGCUAUAGGGGCCUUGGAGUCUGCUUUCUCCUCCCUCUCCACUGCCACAAAUACCACCACCUCCAUCAGGCCCCCCAACCCCCAGAGACAAGCACCACCACCACUAGGAGACCCAAACAGCUUCUUCAACUCUAUCAGCCAGAACACAAACACCAGAGGAACUACCCAUCACCGCCCCACUGCUGCCGUCACCACCCCGUCCAAGCCCUUGUCUGACCUGGGAGGCUGGGACGAGUGGGAGCAGGAGAAUGUUUCUGCUACUUUGUGUCAAGUGCCAGGCUCCAGCAGCAGCCGGGGGGAUGAGGCGAGGCUGCAGAGGGAGGAGAGGCGACUGCAGCGACAGCGGGAGAUAGAGGCCAAGAGAGCAGCACGUGCAGGCCCCAUGAAGCUUGGCGCCAAGAAAAUCUGAGCAGGAAGAAGCAAGAAAGAGUGGAAGGAAGUCAUAGGGAGGUAUGGAUGAAGAGAGAAGAGGAGGCAAGUGAAGGAAAUAUGGAAAAUAGGUAAAUGAAAAGAAUGGAGAUAGUGAGACUUAGGAAGAGAAUGGGGUGGAAGGGAGAGAAAGCAAGCAAGGAGUGGAAAGAAGUCACAGUAAGGAAGUGAUGAAAUGAAAAGAAUGGAGAUAACAUAUGAAAGAAAAGUUACAUAUAAGAAAAUGCAAAGAAUGAAGGAAGUAGAAGGCAGGAAAGAGACAGAGAUACCAGGAAGAGAGAAAGAUAUAUAAAAAAAAAGGGAAGAAGAAAAAUGUAAGGAAUAAAGGCAGAGGAAGACAAGAAAUAGGGAAAUGGUUGGAGGGGGAGAAAGAGAAAGAGGGGGGAGGGAUGCUGAUGCCAGUUUAGUAAAUGUGCAGAUCAUGCAAUACUAAAGGAGAUAAAGAGAUAAAGAUCAUUAAGGAAAAGAUACGACAAACCACAUACACAUUCACACAACACACCGGACUACAAGCAAACAUAUGCAAAGGCAUCAAUAGAGGUAGAACUAUCAACAUAAAAUAAAUACUGGCUAUACAAACAAAGAUAAGAGAAAAUGUGCAGGGAACAAGUUAAUUCAUAAAAAAAAAAAAUAAAUAAAUAAAUAAAUAAAUAAAUAUAGAGACACAAAAUGGACAUGGUUUAUAAAAAAGGACAAUGAACAGAAUAGUUCAGUUAUGUUGUCUAUUGCAGAAGUUGCUCAUUUAUUAUAUUUAUUUAAGAAAAGGAUGACCUUCAGUUUUCAAUGGAUGUUUUGGCACACUGUCUCAUUUGUUAUUAUUAUUUGUCUUCAUUGUUUCUUGCAUUGCUGUUGUUAUCAUCAUUCGUUUUAUAAGGCGACCUUCAGCACCCUAAGGAAAUUUUAUUGAAGCAUAUCACACAAAAUUACACAGGGAAGAUAUUACUUUUAUUUGCUUCAUGUUAUAUAAUGCUUUUAGAUUCAUUCAGUGCCUCAUGCUGCUGCUGUUUGUUCUUAUCAUUGUUACUGUUGCUGUUGUCAUUGCCAUUGUUGUAUUUAUUAUCAUUAUUAGAGUUUGUUAUUCUUAUCAUCAUUGAGACUGCUGGUAAGGGAGUGUGAGAAGUUUGUUGUGUGAGAGGGAAUGAAAUGGUGUAAGAUAAUGUAUGGUAGAGAGCAGUGGAUGAAUACAAGUUAACAUGAAAGGAAGAAAUUGAGAGAGAAUGGAAGGAAAUGUAUGAGCAAGGGAGACAGCAGUAGAUAUGAAUACAAGUUUUGAGCUUCUUGAGGAGGUAGACUUCAAAUAUAUAUAUAUAUAUAUAUAUAUAUAUAUAUAUAUAUAUAUAUAUAUAUAUAUAUAUAUAUAUAUAUAUAUAUAUAUAUAUAUAUAUAUAUAUAUAUAUAUGAAAAGAGCAUCAGAUACAAGAAGGAUGUGUGUAUGAGGGAAAAGAAGAAUGUGAGUGAAGGGAGAGAGAGUUGUGAGCUUAUAUACGUAACACAACCUUGAUAAUCUAUAUAGGACAUUCACCUGCAUUUAUUUGGAUCAACUGGUCGUGUCAGGUGCAGAGGAGGAGUCAGAACUGUUAUGGUCUUGCAGGGAUGAGCCACUUAUGCAGUUAGGUCCUGCUGUAGAGAGAUCCAGAAUGACUUGUACUCAUGAUCCUCAUGUAAGAGUGGUUAGUGAGGAUACAUCAUCUCUACCUAUACACCUCCAGGGUUCAGACAAUUUUGAGUUUAGUAUUAGAGAAUGUGUUAAGAUGUGUGUAUGUGUGUGUGUGUGUGUUUGUGCAUGUAGAGUGGAUGGGUGGAUGGAGUGUGGGUCUCAUUCUUUGUGUAUGGAUGGGUGGGUGGGUGCAUUGUGUGUGUGUGUGUUCAGAGGGGUGGCACUUUGUCUUGACUUAGUCCUUUCUGAGGAUGUUGGGCUGGCUCAUUAUUAUCACCAGUUUUUAAGCAUAUAUAUUUUUAUUAUUCUUAGGUAUGUAUGUUUGUUUAUUUAUUUAUUUUUUUUUGUGUGUGUUAUUGCAUUGUUUUUGUGUUUGUCAUUUAAACUUGAAUUAUGUGUUACCUUUUUAAACUUGUUAUCUGAAGUUUUUUUUUUCCAGAGUGCUUACCUCUUUUAAUGGAAGUCAGAAUCAGAGAUGUACCCUUCCUCUUCUUUCAGCUAACCAUAUACUCAAUUAUGAUGCUUAACCCACUCUAUUACUUUUUCCAUUGUUUUGUUCUAAGUGAUAUUUUUACAAAUUUAACCUACUGGUUUUAACUAGGCACACCAGGUCUUGCUAUGUAUCAGGGAAGAUGAUGAGGAGGGUAAACCAGCACAGUACAUCAAUAUUUUCUUCCUUCAGUGUGAUCAGUCAUAUUUUCAAGUCACAAAAGUAUAGUACACUCAACCUUUGUGUAUCUGGAUCUUGUUCAUCCAGAUUUUGGUUUAUCCGGCCAGUGUCCAGAUAAUAAUUCAAUAAUUUGAGUCUGGAUGGCCAACAAAAAAAAUUCAAACACCUGAUAGAUUGUGGCAGGUGGUUGUAAACAAGUCCAGGCGAUGCUCUCAUGAACACAGUAUCAGUAAACAAG